UGGGUCGCUGAGUAAAGGACAGAGGAAGGAGAGAAAAUGGAGUUAAAAGAGAAAACGGGGAUUCGAGAAGGGAUGGGGAGUACAGGGGAUCGAAAGAACCAGUAGGUUUAGAGAGAGGAGAGAGAAUGGGGGAUUCAGGGAAAAUGGGCAUGGGCCGAGGAGGGAAGAACUGGUGAGCAUUUUAGAGGGAGAAAUGCGAUUUAGAGGGAGAAAUGCUAUUUAGAGGAAGAAGGGUUUAGAGAGAGAAAGGGUGACGGUGGACGACCAUACCGCUGCAUGCGUGGUUUCGGCGCCUUAAAUGCAGCAUAAAACCAGGGAAACCAAAAGGAAGGAAGAGAGAGAGAGAGAGAGAGAGAGAUCGAUCUUCAAAAUCUGCCCCCCACGAAUCCCACGCCACCGCUGCGAUCGACCGACCGAUCGCCGAGUACUCUCCGCUCCAUUCUCUCUCUACCUCUCUCUCUCUAUCUAAAAGCCACAGAAGGCAAGUAUAGAGAGAGAGAGAGAGAGAGAGCGGUUUCCGCGGGGGACUGCCGAAUCGACGACCCCAGAAGGUGACAAACUCCCUCCCUCCCUCUGGUGGGCCGGCCAAAAGCAAACGCCCCUUACGUGAUCAGACCCCCUGGCGAUAGAGACCAUCUCUGUCCCACCCUUCCUUCAUUGUUUCGGGAUGCGAUCCUCGGCGAAUUGCCUGUCGGUGGGUGGCGGUCCGUGAGCUUCUCGCGCCAUGGAGUACAAUGCGGCGAUUCAGAUGUCCAGGCCCGGCUACCCCUCUCCCGUGGCCAUCGCCGACAGCUCACAGUUCCCACGAACGAGGCCUCAGGACGAUCGCGCCGGCGGCAUCGAAAGUGCAAUGUGGCAGAUGAGUCUGAGAUCGAGCGAGAUCGCGGAGGCGGGGCCAUACCCCGAGCGCCCCGGCGAGCAGGAUUGCGCCUACUACAUGCGGACCGGGCUAUGUAGGUUCGGGAUGACCUGCCGGUUCAAUCAUCCUCCCAAUCGAAAGUUGGCUGUUGCCGCUGCAAGAAUGAAAGGAGGGUACCCUGAGAGGAUUGGACAGCCAGAAUGCCAGUAUUACUUGAAGACGGGGACAUGCAAAUUUGGAGCAACAUGCAAGUUCCAUCACCCUCGGGAUAAAGCUGGGGUUGCUGGAAGAGUAUUACUAAAUGUUUUGGGUUAUCCACUCCGACCGAACGAGAAGGAGUGUGCUUACUACCUAAGAACUGGACAGUGUAAGUAUGGCGGCACUUGUAAAUUCCACCAUCCACAACCAAUCUCAUUGCGUGGAUCAGCUAUUUAUUCUCCCAUACAUUCUCCAACAACUCCUGGUCAGCAGUCUUAUCCCAGUGGACUGACAAACUGGCCAUUGUCGCGGGCGCCUUUUGUUGCAAGUCCCCGUUGGCAAGGUCCUGCAAGUUAUGCACAACUUAUUCUUCCUCAAGGAGUUGUUCCAGUUCCUGGCUGGAACACAUAUACUGGCCAGUUGAGUUCAAUGUCAUCUUCAGAUGGUCAACAACAAAAUUUAGGGACUGGUCAAUAUUAUGGGACUUCUCGUCAGAAUGACACAACCAAUGCAGGAGGUCAAGGAACCUUUUCUCCUUAUCGUUCUAGCUCCGUCCCAAUGGGGCUCUUUGCAUUGCAGAGGGAGAACAUAUUUCCUGAAAGACCUGACCAACCUGAAUGUCAAUUUUAUAUGAAGACUGGAGACUGCAAGUUCGGUGCUGUAUGUCGUUUUCAUCAUCCCAGGGAGAGGUUGAUACCUGCUCCCAACUGUGUCUUGAGUCCAAUGGGGCUUCCCUUACGUCCGGGGGAACCCUUAUGUACAUUCUAUUCUCAUUAUGGCAUCUGUAAAUUUGGCCCCACUUGCAAAUUUGACCAUCCCAUGAGUGCUGUUGCUUUCAGUCUGCCGACAUCAUCUUCUGAUGUUCCAGUUGUUCGUCGGUUAUUAGGAACAUCAUCGGGGACUCCAGUGUUGCCGUUGACAUCAGAAGUUUCUGGAGAAGUCAGUUCUGGAAAAUCUAGGCGGCUUCCACUGUCGGACACAAGGCAGAUGUCCUCUGGGGAUGAGAGCAUUGAAAAUGAGGGGACACACACUGCUUGAAGCAUUUGGUUUCCUUGAUCACCUGAUGACAAAGUUCUUCCACAAAUGGUUCAACCUUUUCAGUGAGCGAUUCAUUUUUUCCUUGGCCGAACUUCAGAUAAUCCUGAGGUUCACAACUGCACCCUGUAGACUUUCUCAUGUUACUUCAUUGAUCUGUUCUGGGUUACUCCAAACUUAUGGAGUACAAUGUUUUCUUGAUUCAAGAUGCUUGGGAAUUUUCCUUUCUAAGUCUACCUCUGUACUUCCAUUUCCACCUCUCGCAUGGUUGGUCUAGCAUUUCCAUGGUAAACUUCAUUCCAUUAUUGAGUUUCUAUCUUUUUGGCUCUCCUGAAAAUCAAACCUCAUAGGAAACUUCUUUUCAUCCUCUCUAUCCACUCUCCACCAACCAACAAACACCUCUCUCUCUCUCUGUCUCUCUCUCUCUCUCUCCAUCUAUCUAUAUAUAUUCUUGUCUGUAAUUUAUAUUACUUGUAGAUAGCUGCUCCAUCCUCAAAUUCUAUUGUUAAGUUGUUCCCAUCAGAUUGGAGGGUCCAGCUCAUUUCUUCAGUUAUAUUGGAGCUCUACCACAUGAUCUUUAUAUUUUGUCUUCUCUAUAAGAAACUUUGCUGUUGCAAUUAACCCCCAGUAAGAAUACAAUAAUUUGCUCUGAACAUGGAAAUGGGCCUACGAGAAGAAUUAGUCUGAUGGUGUAUGCGAAGGUUUUGAAGACAAAAUUUUCUUUGGCCGGCCCUCACCAAAAUGGAAGAGUGGGAGAGUCGGUUUAAAGGCUGAUAAAGACACUAAGUGCAGUUAUACCAUUGGUCAAUGAUUUAUAUUGUGGAAGUUCGGUGUACCAGGUAUCAUGAUGACUGUCUGAAGAACUGUUGUUUGAAUUUGCUGUCACAGAAAUAAUGAUAAAAAAUUGUUCUAUUCCA